CGGAGUAACUGCGCCCGGUGUGAAGCCUGAACAUGUUUAGGCUUGUGCCAUAGAUAUUCGUGCCAGACGGCGGCCCGGGGUUGCGGGGACCCUUCCGGGAAUGGCCUUAGAUUCCCGGUGAGCCGUCCGGUGGGUGGGAGGAAAGGAGAGUGCGGCCUGGGAGCGAAGGCAUUGCACGGUACCCUGGGCGCGACGGCUCCUUCUUCUUCGCCCGUCCAGCCGGGAACGACGGAGUGUUGGUGGAGGAUGUCGGGACGUCGCUGCGCUGGGGCCUCAGGGUCGGCAGCUUCGCACGGAGAUAUGGCAGCGGCUGGGGAGCCGGCCCGGGAACUGUUCGAAGCUUGUAGGAACGGGGACGUGGAGCGGGUGAGAAAGCUGGUGAACGCCGAUAAUGUCAACAGUCGCGACACUGCCGGCAGGAAAUCCACCCCGCUGCAUUUUGCUGCAGGAUUCGGUCGAAAAGAUGUAGUAGAGCAUCUGCUGCAGAGUGGUGCCAACGUACAUGCUCGUGAUGAUGGUGGGCUUAUUCCACUCCAUAAUGCGUGUUCAUUUGGCCAUGCUGAAGUGGUUAGUCUUCUGCUGAGGCAUGGUGCUGAUCCAAAUGCCCGAGACAAUUGGAAUUAUACCCCUCUCCAUGAAGCAGCCAUUAAGGGAAAAAUUGAUGUUUGCAUAGUCCUUCUUCAGCAUGGAGCAGACCCCACCAUUCGAAAUACUGAUAGUAGGACAGCUUUGGACUUAUCUGAUCCCUCUGCAAAAGCAGUACUCACAGGUGAAUACAAGAAGGAUGAGCUGUUGGAAAGUGCCAGAAGUGGUAAUGAAGAGAAAAUGAUGGCUUUGUUAACACCUCUAAAUGUCAACUGUCAUGCCAGUGAUGGAAGAAAGUCUACUCCACUGCACUUAGCUGCUGGCUAUAAUCGUGUCAAAAUUGUACAGCUUUUGCUUCAACAUGGAGCCGAUGUGCACGCAAAGGAUAAAGGAGAUUUGGUGCCACUUCACAAUGCCUGUUCCUAUGGUCAUUAUGAGGUUACUGAACUUCUUGUAAAGCGUGGUGCAUCUGUGAAUGCAAUGGAUCUGUGGCAAUUCACUCCCCUGCACGAGGCGGCCUCUAAGAAUAGAGUUGAGGUGUGCUCUCUCUUACUGAGUUAUGGGGCUGAUCCCACUAUGCUAAACUGCCAUAAUAAAAGUGCUAUUGAUUUGGCACCAACUCCUCAGCUGAAAGAAAUGUUAUCAUAUGAAUUCAAAGGCCAUUCAUUGCUUCAAGCUGCCAGGGAAGCAGAUCUAACACGUGUUAAAAAACAUCUCUCCUUAGAGAUUGUGAAUUUCAAGCAUCCUCAGACUCAUGACACUGCUUUGCAUUGUGCUGCUUCAUCACCCUAUCCAAAGAGGAAGCAAGUGUGUGAACUUCUCUUUAGAAAAGGAGCAAAUGUUAGUGAGAAGACCAAAGACUUUUUGACGCCUCUCCAUGUUGCUUCAGACAAAGCUCAUAAUGAUAUUGUGGAGGUGCUGAUUAAACACGAAGCCAAGGUCAAUGCAUUGGAUAACCUAGGUCAGACGAGUCUCCAUCGUGCAGCACACUGUGGCCAUCUGCAAACCUGCCGACUUCUACUAAACUCAGGAUGUGACCCAUCGAUUGUAUCUUUGCAAGGCUUUACUGCUCUUCAGAUGGGAAAUGAAAGUGUGCAGCAGAUUCUUCAGGAAGGCUUACCAUUCAGUAACACUGAUGCAGAUCGGCAACUGCUAGAAGCAGCAAAAGCUGGGGAUGUGGAAACUGUAAAGAAACUUUGCACAUCACAGUCGGUUAAUUGUAGAGACAUAGAAGGGCGUCAGUCUACACCCCUACACUUUGCAGCUGGAUAUAAUCGAGUGGCAGUAGUGGAAUAUCUUUUGCAGCAUGGAGCGGAUGUGCAUGCAAAGGAUAAAGGCGGGUUGGUUCCUUUACACAACGCUUGUUCCUACGGUCACUAUGAGGUUACAGAGCUUCUUGUCAAGCAUGGAGCAGUUAUCAACGUUGCAGAUUUAUGGAAAUUCACCCCUUUGCAUGAAGCUGCAGCAAAAGGAAAAUAUGAGAUUUGUAAACUUCUUUUGCAGCAUGGAGCUGAUUCAACAAAGAAAAACCGAGAUGGAAACACCCCUUUGGACUUGGUGAAAGAUGGAGAUACUGACAUUCAAGAUCUUCUCAGAGGGGAUGCUGCAUUGUUAGACGCUGCUAAGAAGGGCUGUGUAUCACGGGUUAAAAAACUAUGUACUCCUGAAAAUGUCAAUUGUAGGGAUACGCAGGGAAGACAUUCUACACCACUUCAUCUAGCAGCUGGCUACAAUAACCUGGAAGUUGCAGAGUACCUCUUACAAAAUGGUGCUGAUGUAAAUGCGCAAGACAAGGGAGGCCUUAUCCCUUUACACAAUGCAGCAUCAUAUGGGCAUGUGGACGUGGCAGCUUUGCUCAUUAAAUAUAAUGCAUGUGUCAAUGCCACUGACAAAUGGGCUUUUACGCCCUUGCAUGAAGCAGCUCAGAAAGGAAGAACUCAGCUUUGCGCUCUGCUCCUGGCACAUGGGGCAGAUCCUACUUUGAAAAACCAAGAAGGGCAAGCUCCAUUAGACUUGGUAACAGCUGAUGAUGUUCGGGCUCUUCUGACAGCUGCCAUGCCUCCAGCUGCUCUGUCAACAUUUUAUAAGCCACAACUAAUAAAUGUUUCUCAGCCUUCUGCCACUGCUGUGGCAACCCUUUCUUCUGUGCCAUCAAGUUCACCAACUCUCUCUGCUGCAAGUAGCCUGGAUAACUUGGCUUCCGGCUUCUCAGAAGCCACCUCUGUUAGUAGUGGAGGAGCUGAAGGAGCAUCUGGAUUGGAUAAGAAAGAAGAAGUUCCAGGUGUAGAGUUGAGCAUCAAUCAAUUUUUGCGGAACCUUGGCCUAGAGCACUUAAUCGAUAUCUUUGAGCGAGAGCAGAUCACAUUAGAUGUUUUAAUUGAAAUGGGCCAUAAGGAAUUCAAGGAGAUUGGAAUAAAUGCGUAUGGACACAGACACAAGAUCAUCAAAGGAGUAGAGAGACUCAUCUCUGGACAGCAUGGUUUGAACCCUUAUUUAACACUGAAUACAGCUAACAGUGGAACAAUCCUGAUUGAUCUUGCUCCUGAUGACAAAGAAUUUCUUUCAGUUGAAGAAGAGAUGCAGAGCACUGUCAGGGAACAUAGAGAUGGGGGGCAUGCAGGUGGAGUCUUUACCAAAUAUAACAUCUUAAAGAUUCAGAAAGUUUGCAAUAAAAAACUUUGGGAAAGAUACACUCAUAGGAGAAAAGAAGUUACUGAGGAAAACCAUAACCACUCUAACGAAAGAAUGCUGUUCCAUGGGUCUCCAUUUGUAAAUGCAAUUAUCCACAAGGGGUUUGAUGAAAGGCACGCAUACAUUGGUGGGAUGUUUGGUGCUGGAAUAUAUUUUGCAGAGAAUUCCUCCAAAAGUAACCAGUAUGUGUAUGGCAUUGGAGGUGGCACAGGGUGCCCAGUUCACAAAGAUCGAUCUUGUUACAUUUGUCAUAGGCAGUUGUUAUUUUGUCGAGUUACCCUGGGGAAGUCGUUUCUUCAGUUCAGUGCAAUGAAGAUGGCUCAUUCUCCUCCUGGUCACCAUUCUGUAACUGGUCGACCCAGUGUAAAUGGACUCGCUUUGGCAGAGUAUGUCAUCUACCGGGGAGAACAGGCUUAUCCUGAAUAUCUAAUAACCUAUCAAAUAAUGAGGCCUGAGGUGGUUGCUGAAGGUUGAGAAGAAGGGCUACUGCAGACAAGUGAAAGAUGGUUCGCAAAUUGCCUACUUUUAUUUUGCCACCAAGGAGGAUCCAUUAUAAAGCAACGUGAAUGCAUUGGAACAGUCGAGUCGCUUUAAACAAUGUACAGUUUGUUUCCUGAACAUUCACAAAAAUAAUUUUUGUUUAGCAGCACUUUAACAGACUCCAUUCUUGUUAUAAAAUGGGUUUGUCUAUUUAAUUCUACAUGUUUUAACUUGAAACUUUUUUUUCAGUUCACCUUGAAUAUCUUAACUGAAAAUCUUUAAUCUGUGUAAAAAUUGCAUUACUAAAAUUGUGUAUUUUAAAGCACACUGAAUACUGUUCACUUGUAAAACUGUAAAUAAGAGCUUUUGUACUAGCCUGGUAUUUAUUUACAUUGCUUUGUAAUAUAGACUUUUAGAAUUUCAACCUUGUACAAAAUGAAUUGCAUACUGAAUCCUCUGGGCAUGGAGAUUGCACUGUCCUUGGUGUACCACAAUGCUGGCCGUUAUGUACUAUAUUCUAGGACCGUUUCUAAUGUCGAAACCAUUAAAUAACUAUGGGAGAUUUCAGGCACAGCUUGUUCAGGGCUAUUAUUGCACCAGUUUUGUUUUUUAGCUGUGACGCGAACUUGCUUUGUUUUUAAAAUACAGUCUAUUUAAAAGAGAACAAUUUAUUCAAAAUGAAUUUGAGGAAAGGAAGAGUCAUGCUUUUAAUAAGUAAAGGGAACUUUUUACAGUAUUGCUUCAAUAGGAAGAAGCAUACUUGGCAGGAUUAUGUAGUUUGCUUGGUCCAGUAACCAAUAGCAGCCAAUGCAAUGUAUUUGUUUGUUCACCUUUUAUAUUAACUUUUAGUAUUAUGUAGACAUUGAUA